AUGUCACUUCCAGACCGUAAGGUUCAGCAAUACAUCACAGAGCGCCAACAAAGCUUCACCGAUGGCUUCAACAAUGCCUCUGUCCCAGCACUCAUGGCCAUGUUCGCCGAAGACGUUGAAUUCAACGACUAUGCUAUGGGCGUGCUCAACCUAAACCGCACUUCCCUUGAAGAAUACUACUCCGAGAUGGUGGCAACAUUCCGAAACAUUAACAUCCGUACCAAGUCCAUCAGCGGAAGCGAGCACUUUACUGCCUGGGAGUGGGAUCUCACAAUGUACGCGUUGCCUUCUGAGGCGGCUGCGGAGCUGGACAACAAGACUAAGAAUACUACUGGCAAGGAGGUUAAUAUGGUAGGCGUUAGUUUAAUGUGGUGGAACUCAGAGGGAAAGAUUAUAAAAAAUCAUGACUAUGGGAAGGAGGUGCCUAAUGCGGAGUAA